AUGUAUUCUAAAUCAGAUUAGAAGAUUACACAUACAAAUGUUCAUUAAAGAGGAAUGUUAUCUUAUGAAAAAAGACAAAUGAGUUUCAGGGAUGAAUUUGAUAAUAUUUUUGAAUAUCUCAAAAAGAAAAUAUUAUUAUUAACAUAGUAUUAAUCAUAAUAGACAAUUGAUGGAUUAAUGGAUUAUGUAUUUGAUAUCACAAGUCCAUUGCUUAAACACAUUGAAUUUCCAAUGUAAAUUCCUUAUCAAACAACAUUUUGUGGGAAAAGAAUUUUAUAAACAAUUGAAUUUUGGACUCUCUAUUAAAUCAUAUUUUAUCUUUUAAACUAAUAAAAGAAUUAAUAUUUUAAUCGUUUAGAAGAAUUAUUUUAAAUUAGAUUACAUAAAUGUUUAACAAAAGAAUAAAUUAUAAAAACACAUUAAAAAAUAUAGUAAAUUGAAUAAGUACAAUAAUUUAGUUUAAAUUUUUAAAAACUAAAUGAAAUAAAUAAUGAAACUUUACAAACACUUAAUAAUAACAAUGAAUAAUAAUAGAAUUUGAAGAAUUUUUAAUUUCCUUGUAAAAAAAUUAAAAUUAUCAUCAAAAAAAAUAAUAAUCAAAGUAUUAUACUAAUUUUAUGAAGCUAUCAAGAGGGAAGAGUUUUCAAAUCAAACUUAAGUUGACAAUAUUUUUGAAAACAUUAUUAUUGAUAGAACAUACAAUGAUACUACAUUUAAUGAGAAUUAGACAAUUCAAAAUUAGAAUUAGAAUUAAUUAUAAGUAUUAAUAAUUUUAAUUAUAUAGUUUAUAAAAGAUGAUUAAUUAAAAGCUAAUUUUAAGAAAGAAUUGUAAGAAUUAGUAAUAGAGAGCAUUAAUGAUACUAUAAAUAAUAAUAAUGAAUGCAUAGAAACUGAAAUAUCAAGAACUUAAAAUCCAAGAAAUGAGAUAAACUAAGUAAAUAAUGAAAUUUAAAAAGUUCAACUCACUAGAAACUUUAUAUUUAUCUUCUAAUGUUGAAUUUGUAGUUUUGAUCCAUAAUGUCAACAGAAACAAUUCAAAUUCUCUAAUUUAAGUGUUGGAAGGUGAAUAUGAAGGAUAGUUUGCAUUGUAUUAAUUUAAAGAAGCAUAAGAUGAAAAUGUUUAAAAGGAAGAUUUUAAUUAUUAUCAAAAUUAUCUUGAAUAUAGAAAAGUACGUCAGAAUUAACCUAUUGUUGUGAUACAUAAAAUGCAAGUUAAAAAUGAUUCAUGA